GGAACCGAACCGACCUCGCGCUAGGGUUACUCGCGCACGACGCCUACAUCUGUCAACCACAACCCAAGCGCUCCCCCCUCCCCGUCGCCUGCAGGAUCUCCUCGGGCCAAGGAAUCGUUCCCCUCCGGCGACCUUCCUCCCUCCCUCCGUUCCGUUUCGGUCCUUCCACUGUAUCACCGGCAAAGCAAAGGAUCGGAGGCCACUCCGCCCGGAGGAGCAAGACAUAUGGCUGCUUGGUCUAUUAUUUUAUCAACAACAAACUUGGUGAUGAUGUCGUCCGUUUCCGGUGACUUCCACACAUAACUUUUACUUAUUCUUUUGUGGCACAUCUUUCUAUACCGGUCUACUCUUCAUUUUAUCUGUGUCUCUUCCCAUAGCUUGUUGAGCAUUGAUGCAAAAUGGUUAUGAACAAUGAUGUGAUGCAGGACACCUUGCUAUGUUUUUAGUGAUCAGACCUUCAGCUCUAUUUAUCUAUUUUAUGCAUGGAAUGACAUCAGUAACAGCCCUAUUACUUUUAAUUCCAGCCGACUCUGAGCAUUGGAGUUGUGCUUGUUCAAAAGUGUGAAUUGCAUGGAGAUGGGAAUGACUCCUGAUGUAAUGUAUGGACAAAAUGUUUUUGUUCCUGCUACUGCAACUCCCUACCAAUAUGGUUAUGCAGAAGUUGGAUCACAGAUGGAAUGGUGUAACCAGUCGAGCUCUUUAGGAUAUGAUGGCCAAGAUAAUUUCUAUCCGACUGAAGGCAUGCAAUGCGUAUACUACGCAGCCCCAGACAACGGAUCUGUGCAUCCUACCUACAGUUCUUACCCUUCUGAUCCUUCUUUCGUACCCGAUGGCUCAUUUAUGCCUCAGGAGUAUGUUGCUGACCCUGCUAACUCCACAUGCCAAAUAGCCCAGACAUCCUAUUAUAUUCCAGCUGUUCUUCCUUAUGCACAAGAUAGUGCCUUGGGAAGCGCGACCACACAUCUUCACUCCAACUCCAAUGUUGCAUUUCUUCCUGGCAUACCAGGUUAUGCUGCAACAUCUGCAAAUGCAGCAUUUCCUUUAAUUGCUCCCGUCACCACAAAAAGUGACAUUGUUAUGCAUCCACAUGUACAGUCUACUAUUGUCCCUUCAAAGCAGUUCCAGGACUAUGCAAAGCCACCAAAGGUUCAGCUGCACAAUUCAGUUCCACAGAAGCAAGAGUUGCCAGAUAGAUGUAUGAUUCCUGCUAAACUCCCUCAUGCUUCUCAGGUAUCAGCACAUUUGUCUGGAAACAAUUGUCUUGGAUGUGCUGCUGGGUCUGAUCUUCGGAAGUGGGCUGCUGCCGAGAAAUUCCAACCAUCUUCAAAGUCAAGUGGCCAUCUAAAUGCUACUGGCCAAAAAGCGCAUAGCUUAGUUGAUUCUGAGAAACCAAGCAAUCAGAGGCCUGCUAUAAUUGUGAAGUCUCACACAACAAGGCUCCCUGUUGGUAAUCCGGAUGGGACAAUCGUUAUAAGAACCGACCAGUACAACAGAGAUGAUCUCCGACUCGACUAUAUGUAUGCAAAGUUCUUUGUUAUCAAGUCAAUUGGUGAGGCAGAUGUGCACAAAUCGAUAAAAUAUGGUGUAUGGUCAAGUUCCUCCAGUGGAAACAGCAAGCUAGAUAGCGCAUUCAGGGAUGCUGACAGGAUAUCGAGGAGGCAUUCUACUAAGUGUCCGGUUUUCUUGUUCUUCUCUGUCAAUGGUAGUGGGCACUUCUGUGGCAUGGCUGAGAUGGUCGGACCUGUUGAUUUUCACAAGGACAUGGACUUCUGGUGUCAGGAUAAAUGGACCGGAUGCUUUCCUGUGAGAUGGCACAUCGUUAAAGACAUACCAAAUGGUUCUUUGCAGCAUAUCACACUGCAGAAUAACGAAAACAAGCCUGUGACGCACAGCAGAGAUACACAGGAAGUACCAUACCUCCCUGGAAUGUCUGUGAUCAAUAUCUUCAAAGACAUCAAAGUGCGGUACUGCCUUUUUGAUGAUUUUAUGAGCUAUGAGGCAGAAGAGGCGCAAAAGAGGGCACACAGAAGGUGCAAGCUAAGUUCGAAUGCUCCAGACUUUGUACCUGUCUCACAGCGUACAAAAGAUGAGUCUGGCACUGAGCAGAGAGAAUCCAGGAGCGUACUUGUAGACAGGACAUCUGGGAUACAAAAUGCGGCCGAGAAGCCCCACGAUACCAAGGUGAUCAAGCCUCAGGAUCCGUGCGUCUCCGAAGAGCAGGCUAGCGAGGCCGAGAAAGAGAAUGGACCUCAGGGAUGUCGUUGCAGCGGCAAUCAGGGCCAAGAGGAGGCAGCGAAAACUGCAACUAACCACCCGCCAGCUUCAGGCUUGAAGGCGGCAGGUGCGGAGGGGAAGCAGCAGCAGCAGCGCUGGAAGAAGGUCGAAAAUCCAAAGCAGCAUGCGGACAGCGUCCCUGCCCAGUGCUCACAGGAAGAAGCACCUGAGAAGCGGUUAAAUGGGGUCAGCGGCUGUUCGAGCGCAGUUCAAGAGGGUUGCGAGGAGCAGAGGGCCGCUGCCAAACUUGCUUCUCUCAAGAUCGGUUCCAGGGCGGCAGUGGAAGCUGACCGUAAAACUAGCGCAGUUGGUGUGGUGACAAUCGGCUCGAUGCCUGUCCGGGUUGACUGUUGUGACGUCUAGUAGUGGCCCAUCCGGAGCUUUUUUUUUUUGGUCUCACCCACAGUUUUUUCCCUUUUUGCCCUUCUGGGUUAAUCUUUUACCCCUCCCUGUCUGCCAAGGCUUUCAUUUCCAUUUCCAUUUCCAUUUUCCUUUUUCUUUUGGUUGAAUGUGCCUGCCAUGGUUGGUGGUUCCUAGCUUCUAUAUGGCAUCAAAAAAAGAAAAAAAGAAAAGAACAAAAAAAGAUGAUGAUUAGUUAGGUUCAAGUUUCAUUGAGUGAAAAGCUAGUUUUAAAGGCAACAUUCUGGUGGUGGGUGGUGGUUUCUUUUGUGGAAAAGAAAGAAGAGACUAUAUCAGACGUUCGUUUUAAUGACAUUAUUAAGAAAAAAAGAGAGUAGGUUAAACUCUUGUGUCUGCGA